AUGAUCUGGCUUACCCUCAUCAUACAGACAAUAGGGAUCUAUGUCGUAUCUAGUCCGGCCCGCCACGAUCUCCUCAACGUCCUGAACACCGCUGUGCACGCUGCUCUUGUGCCGUCUGACUAUACUCCGACCUCCUCACAUCCAUUCUAUACGUCCAAACCUACUCAACACGAGCCGAAGCUUGGAAGUUCAUUAUCUUUCUCUGGGUCCCGAUCGCUUCAGCUUGAAGAGCAUGAACGUGAAAUUCUCGACGAGGAGAUUGACGACAUCAAUGAAGCCCCGGAUUCCGACAUCGCUCUUCCCCAUCCUCCCGUGGUGCAAACGGAUUCUCAACCUUAUCCCUUUUUUGUUUCUUCCUCUGGUCGUUUUAUGUUGGAUUUUCAGUGCAUCUGCUCGUAUCCCGUAGAAGGCGUUGACGCUGCCCUUUGUCGUCCGAAUCCCGAAAGCUACAGAGCUCAUUUCUCGACUGCAGUACGCGACUAUUUCUGCUGGGCCUCCUCUACGUUCUGGGAGGCUAUGCGGCGCUCGCGUGAAGGGUCUUUCCAAGGAUCUGUUGCUCUCAUCGUCAUCGCUUGGGAAGUUGUCGACCUCACUCUCUUUGGUGGAACCUUGCCCACGGCUGCGCUUUAUGCCUGUGUCACUCGCAAUGCAUACACCCAAAUCCUCACCACACGUUCGACCCUAUUUGCGUUGGCGCCUCCGCUUAGCGCACGGUCACAGGAUUCUGCGGAGCAAAUGCACCAUGUCUGCAUCUAA